AUGGAUAUCGACGCCCCCAUGAGCAUGGCCCCGCUCGCGGGCACGGCGAAGACGGGCGCAACCAUUCUCUGCUGCAACUGCGGAGCUCCUAUCGAUGGCACUGCUUCUGCCGGCGCGCUUUGCUACGACUGCAUCAAAUCCACCGUCGACAUCUCAAAAGGCAUACCACGCGACGGCGUCCUCAACUUCUGCCGCGACUGCGAUCGAUGGCUCAGCCCCCCCACAACCUGGGUCACCGCGGCCCCGGAAUCUCGAGAGCUGCUGUCGCUGUGCCUCAAGAGGCUGCGAAAUCUGGGCAAGGUCCGCAUCACAGACGCACGCUUCGUCUGGACAGAACCGCAUUCCCGGAGAAUCCGCGUCAAGAUCACGGUCCAGGACUCGGUCUCCGAGGGUGUGUUGAUGCAGCAGAGCUUCGAGGUCGUGUACGUCGUGGCCUCCCAGCAGUGCCGCGAGUGCGCCAAGUCGUACACCGCAAACACGUGGCGUGCCGUGGUCCAGGUGCGCCAGAAGGUGCAGCACAAGCGGACGUUCCUGUUCCUCGAGCAGCUCAUCCUCAAACACCAAGCCCAUCGGGACACGAUAAAUAUCAAGGAGGAGCGGGACGGCAUCGAUUUCUUCUUUGCGCAAAAGAACCAGGCGGACGCCUUUAUAAGCUUCUUGAAGUCGGUCGUGCCGAUCAACAUCAGGGACUCGAGACAUUUGAUCUCGUCAGAUACGCACACGGGCAACAAGUCGUACAAGUUUACCUACUCGGUCGAGAUUGUUCCCAUCUGCAGAGAGGACCUGGUGGCGUUGCCGCUCAAGCUUGCAAAGUCGAUCGGCAACAUCUCCCCCCUCGUCCUCUGCCACCGGAUAGGCACAUCGCUGAACCUCCUCGACCCCAACACCCUCCAAACCGCCGAUGUCAACUCGGACAUCUUCUGGCGCGCGCCAUUCCACCCGCUCGCCGGGACACCCGACCUAGUCGAAUUCAUCGUCAUGGACAUUGAGUCCACGGGGAUUCGCAAGGGUAAGUGGCUACUGUCAGAGGCGACGAUAGCACGGGCGUCGGAUCUGGGCGUAAACGACAAGACAUACUUUGUGCGGACGCAUCUUGGCAACCUCCUCUACCCGGGUGACUCAGUCCUGGGGUACCUCCUUGACGGGGGAAACUUCAACUCGGCGACAUUUGACGCCAUCGAAGAGUCUAAGGCAUACGGUUCGACAAUCCCUGACGCCGUGCUCGUCAAGAAAUUCUACCCGAACCGUCGCAAGAACAGAAAGAGAGUCUGGAAGCUCAAGCGCAUGGCUAAGGACGACGGUGACCUGUUGCCCAAGGCCUCGGACCAGGAGAAGAUAGAGGCCGACUACGAGACGUUCUUGCGUGACGUCGAGGAAGACGAGGAGCUCCGCGCGGCCCUGGCGCUGUACAAGAAUACGAAGAAGACUAAACCCCAGGACGCCGACGCCAUGAGCAUCGCCGACACAGAGAUGACAGGCGAGGACGCUGGGCCCAGGAUCAAUAUGGACGAAUUACUUGACGACUUUGAUGAGCUAGAUAUCCAGGAUGGCGAGGAGGCCGCCGCUUGA